CGGACCCCCCAACCCCGCCGUCCCUUCCCCUUUCCCCCUCCCCGCGAGGGUUUUUGGGGUUAAAAACUGUCGGCGAUGCUGAGCUAUGGAGCGGGAUUCGCCCUGUGGACGGCGCUGGCCCUGACCAAGGCCGCGCCGGGGCAGGCGGCGGGAUGCAGCGCCAACCUGACGGAGCGGAGCGUCGCCGGGCAGAGCGUUCGGCUGCGCUGGGGCGCCGCGGGCCGCGCCUGCAACUUCAGCCUGAGCGGGCACUCCGAGGACGGCGAGGCGGCCGGCUGCCAGCCCGAACCCGAGGGCAACGGCACCUACGGCUGCACCCUGCGGGGCCUGGAGGCCGGCACCUGGUACCACCUGCGCAUCGAGCCGCUCGCCGGCGGCGAGGCUCUCAACAUCUCCCUGCAGACAGAUCCCUUGCCACCAUCUCAUUUGGAAAUUAAUAAGGAAAAAACUACAUUCACAAGCUUGCAGGUUCGAUGGGAUCCUUCCUCAGGAAAGGUGGACAUGUACAAGCUAGUAUUAUUUGAUCGCGAUGAGAAAAAGAUACAAGAAGUCUCCAUACCAGGAAGAAUUUCAAAAACAGAAAAUACUUUUUCCAGUCUCAUUCCUGGGAAUAAAUACAACAUUGUCCUCAGUGCUGUUGCUGGAAAUAAGACUACCCCAGAACUUCACAUAAGUGGAUCCACUGUGCCAUCUCCUGUGAAAAAUGUUCAAGUCAGUGUCAAGACAGACACUAUCCACGUUUCAUGGUCUUCUGGUUCUGGACAUGUGGAUCAUUACAGGCUGCUGUUACUGGAUAAUCACAAAACAGUUCAUGAGAUUCACCAGGAAGGUUCUCUGACCUCCUACACUUUUUCAGGACUUACAGCAGGCCACCUGUACAACCUCUCUAUCAUAACCCAGGCUGCAGGAUUGGAGAGCAGCAGUUUUCAAAUAGUCAGGACAGCCCCAGCUGAAGUCUUAGAUUUGAUGGUGACUAAUGAUGGCAGCUUAUAUGCUUUAAAAGUUAAGUGGAGAAAACCUUCAGGAAACCUCAAUUUCUAUAAUAUCACUCUGUCUCAUCUUGGAUCAGUUAAAGAAGUCAAAACUGUGCAACCACCAGCCACAGAGACUCAGUUUGACAAGCUGACUCCAGGACGUCUUUAUCAGGUUACUGCCCGCACAGUCAGUGGUGAACUGUUUACCGAUCGGAUGGCAACUGGCAGGACAUUUCCCCAGAAAGUUUUGGAGCUGCAGGCGGGUGCUGGCGGCUGGCCGCGGUCUCUGCAAGUGACCUGGGUGCCCCCUGCGGGAGACUGGGAGAGGUACCAGCUGCUCCUGUGGAACCGCUCGGCCCUGGUGCUCAACACCACCCUGGAGAAGGACAGCACCGAGUACCUCGUCCGUGAUGCGGGCCUCAUCCCAGGGAGGGAGUACGGGGUGGAAGUCAUCGUGGAGAGCGGCCAUUUGCAGAGCAAGACGAGUUGCACGGGGAGAACAGCUCCAGAGCCUGUUCUCCAGCUCCGUGUGAAGCAUGCUAAUGAAUCUUCACUUAGUGUCAUGUGGAUGACCCCUGUUGCAGAAUGGGACAGCUAUGUGGUUUCCCUCGGACACAGUUCUCUCCCUAUUGUAAAAAAAGUACUUGCAAAAGAAGCUAAGGAAUUCACUUUCACUGACUUGAUACCUGGAAGGAAAUAUACAGCUACCAUCACUACCAUUAGUGGGACAUUAAGCAACUGGACUUCAGUAGAAGGAAGAACAGUGCCAGCCCAAGUGACAGGUCUGACUGUGGCAAGUCAGGGAUCAACCAACAGCUUGUUCACUAACUGGACAAGAGCACAGGGAGAUGUAGACUCAUACCAAGUGCUACUGAUUCACGAGAAUGUUGUCAUUAAAAAUGAAACUGUUCCCAGUGAAACCAACAGAUAUCACUUCUAUCCCCUGAAACCUGGAGGACUCUAUUCAGUUGUUGUCACCACUGUCAGUGGAGGGAUAUCUUCAAGGCAAACGAUUGCAGAGGAAAGGACAGUUCCUUCCAGCGUGACUGGAGUAACAGUAAAUAACUCAGGUCGGAGUGACUACCUCAGUGUUUCUUGGCUGCCAGCUUCUGGAGAUGUAGACAGUUAUUUGGUAACACUCUCUCAUGACGACAAGAUUGUUCAGACUCUCACCAUUUCCAAAUCAUUCAGUGAAUGCUCCUUUAGCAACCUUACUCCUGGGACACUUUACGAUGUGAUGAUAACCACAAAGAGUGGAAAGUAUGAAAACUCUUCCCUCAGCCAGGAACGAACAGUCCCUUCAAGUGUCCAGGGACUUACUGUCAGCAAUUCAGCCAGAAGUGACUACUUGAAGGUGUCCUGGUUACAUGCAUCUGGAUAUUUUGAUAACUAUGAAGUGGUCAUCAGGAACAACAAUGAUUUCAACCAAACAAAAAGUGUCCCUAAGGAUGAAAAUGAAUGUGUGUUCACCAGUCUGGUCCCAGGGAGGCAGUACAGUGUCACGGUCAGCACAAGGAGUGGGAAAUACGAAACUAGUGAAAGAGUCUAUGGCAGAACAAUGCCAGAGUCAGUGAAGGAACUGACUCUUAGUAACAGGAGCACAGAAGAUCUGCAGGUAACUUGGUCAAAGGCUGAGGGCGAUGUUGAUAAGUAUGAGAUUCAGCUCCUCUUCAACGAUAUGAAGAUCUUCCCACCCAUUUUCCUUGGGAACACCAUUGAGGAGUAUUGGUUCACAGCUCUGACUCCAGGACGUCUAUACAAAAUUCUUGUUUUGACCAUCAGUGGAAAUGCACAGCGUGCUACUUUCAUAGAAGGCCUGACAAUUCCGAGCAAGGUCCGAAACAUCCAUGUGUCACCUAAUGGCAUGACAAACAGCCUGAAAGUGAGCUGGACUCCUGGAGGUGGAGAUGUUGAUUCCUACACAGUGACUAUAUUUCAGCAAAACCAUCAGCUUGAUUCCCAAAGUGUCUCCAAACACAUCUCUGAGCACACGUUUCACAAGUUGGAACCUGGGGAGCAGUACCGGGUGGUGGUGCAAUCUAACAGUGGCACCUUGCACAACAGCUUAGCAGCUUUUGGGAGAACAAUUCCAGCCUCUGUCCAGGAAUUAUUAGCCCAUCAUGCUUACAGCAGUCAUUCCUUGUUAGUAACCUGGCAGAAAGCUCCCGGUGUAGCCGAAAGAUAUGACAUUCUGCUCUUGAAUGAGCAAGGAAUCCUCCUGAGUAACAAAUCAGAGCCAGCUACAGCCAAACAGCACAAAUUUGAAGAUUUACUGGCUGGCAAGAAGUAUAACAUACAAGUUUUGACAGUCAGUGGUGGACUCUUCAGUAAGCGUGCAGAAACUGUUGGCCGAACAGUUCCAGCAGCUGUUACAAAUCUGAAAGUCACAGAGAACACCACUGACCGACUGUCCUUCAGCUGGACCACCUCUCAAGGGGAACUUGAUUCGUAUGACAUCUUCCUAUACAAUCCAGACAAGUCCCUUCAUGACAGGAUUUCAGGAGAGCAGCAUCUCCAGCAGUGUUCGUUCCAGAACCUGCGUCAAGGCAGGAUGUAUCGAAUGGUGAUUGUUACACACAGUGGAGACCUCACUAACGAGUCAUCUGUCUAUGGAAGAACAGUACCUGCCCCAGUUGUUGGUCUCAAGGCAUCCAACCGAAACAUGACAGACAGUCUGUGGUUCACUUGGAGUCCAGCAGCAGGAGAUGUUGACUUCUACGAGCUGAAUCUUUACAAUCCAAAUGGGACACAGAAAGAAACUGAGCAAAGCAAAGACCUGGAAGAGUGGCAUUUCCAGGGGCUCAUUCCUGGCAGAAAGUACACUUUGGUUGUGGUGACUCACAGUGGUGACCUGACCAACACAGCAAAUGCUGAAGGAAGAACAGCACCCAGCCCUCCUAACACUGUGUCGUUUACUGAUGUUGCAAACACUUCGUUAUCAAUUACUUGGCCGGGUCCUCCAAACUGGACAGACUAUGAUGACUUUGAGGUGCAGUGGCUUCCAAAGGAUCCCCUCACAGUAUUCAACCCCUACAGCAGCAGCAAAUCUAAAGUACGCAUCAUUUAUGGCCUGCGACCAGGAAGACUGUAUGAGUUCAGUGUCAGAACUGUCAGUGGCGACAGCUGGAAGACAUACAGUCAGUCACAGUCUGCAAGUGUGAGAACAAAACCAGACAAGAUACAAAGCCUUCACUGUCGGCCCCAAACCUCUACUGCCAUCGCAUGUUCCUGGACUCCUCCCGAUUCUGAUUUUGAUGGGUAUAGCGUGGAGUGCAAGAAAAUGGACACUCGUGAAGUGGAAUUUUCCAAAAGGAUAGAAAAAGACAAAUCUCUACUUAAUAUCAUGACCCUUGUUCCCCACAAGCGAUACCUGGUGUCCAUCAAGGUUCAUUCUGCAGACAUGACGAGUGAAGUGGUUGAAGACAGCACCAUCACAAUGAUUGAUCGUCCUCCUCAGCCACCUCCAGACAUACGAGUGAACAAAAAAGAUGUGCUGAUUACCAAAUCCUCCAUCAACUUUACUUUUAACUGCAGCUGGUUCAGUGAUACCAAUGGAGCUGUGAAGUACUUUACUGUGGUUGUGAGGGAGGCUGAUGGUAGCGAAGGACCAAAGCCUGAUGAGCAGCACCCAUUGCCUUCCUAUCUGGAGUACAAACACAACGACUCUAUACGCAUCUACCAGACAAAUUAUUUUGCCAGUAGCUGUGCUGAAAGCCCUGACAGUGACUAUAAAAGCUUUGACAUUAAGCUUGGAGGAGAAAUGGAAAAUCUGGGAGGAAAAUGUGAUCCAGAUCACCAGAAAUUCUGCGAUGGACCGCUAAAGCCUCGAACUGCGUAUAGAAUCAGCAUACGAGCUUUUACUCAGCUUUUCAGUGAAGACCCAAAGGAACUUCCUAAACCGCUCUUUACAGACACCUUCUUCUCUUUACCGAUCACUACAGAGGCAGAGCCUCUCUUUGGAGUUAUUGAAGGUGUCAGUGCUGGCUUGUUUCUGAUUGUGAUGUUGGUGGCUGUUACUGCUUUAUUUGUCUGCAGACAAAAAGUUGGCAAUGGCCAUGAGAGACCUACAACAAGGCUGAACAUUCGCAGAGACAGGCCACUGUCAGUCCAUUUGAACUUGGGGCCAAAAGGGUACCGGAAAACUUCCAGUCCGAUCAAAGUCAGUCACUUUGAAGCACACUUCACCAAACUUCAAGCAGACUCCAACUAUCUUCUGUCCAAGGAGUAUGAGGACUUGAAAGAUGUGGGUCGAAACCAGACAUGUGACAUAGCACUUCUGCCAGAGAACAGAGGAAAAAAUCGAUACAAUAAUAUAUUGCCCUAUGAUACAUCAAGAGUGAAGCUUUCCAAUGUGGAUGAUGACCCUUGCUCAGACUACAUUAAUGCAAGCUACAUACCAGGCAAUAAUUUCCGUAGGGAAUACAUAGCAACUCAGGGCCCUUUGCCUGGAACCAAAGAUGAGUUCUGGAAGAUGGCAUGGGAGCAAAAUGUUCACAAUAUUGUCAUGGUAACCCAGUGUGUUGAGAAGGGCCGGGUAAAGUGUGAUCAAUACUGGCCCCAUGACCAGGAUUCCUUGUACUAUGGGGACCUGAUUGUUGAGAUGCUGUCUGAAUCAGUGCUCCCAGAGUGGACAAUACGAGAGUUUAAAAUCUGCAGCGAAGAGCAACUUGACUCGACGAGGCUCAUUCGUCACUUCCACUACACUGUGUGGCCAGAUCAUGGUGUGCCAGAGACCACCCAGUCCCUGAUUCAGUUUGUCAGAACUGUAAGAGAUUAUAUCAACAGGACUCCAGACACAGGACCAAGUAUUGUACACUGCAGUGCUGGUGUUGGCAGGACUGGCACAUUCAUUGCACUGGACCGAAUUCUGCAACAGCUGGAUUCAAAGGACACUGUUGACAUUUAUGCAGCAGUACAUGAUCUAAGGCUUCACCGCGUUCACAUGGUUCAGACAGAGUGUCAGUAUGUGUAUCUACAUCAAUGUGUGAGAGAUGUGUUAAGAGCCAGAAAACUUCGCAGUGAACAAGAAAAUCCCUUAUUUCCAAUAUAUGAAAAUGUGAAUCCAGAGUAUCACAGAGGGGUAGCUGCGGAAUGAAGAUCACCAUGUUAGUUACCAGCAGUACAAUUACACUGUUAAGACCAAGUGUACCCUAUAAAUUACCUCACACUCUAUAUCACUGCAUCAUUUUUUAAUGCUGAGGGAAAUGGAGCUCACUCAAUACUAUAUGAUCUGAGGGCAAAAGUGUGAUUGUGUGCUCUGUAUGCAUGUUGUUCAUCAUUUUCAUAAAGAUGCACUUCAUUCUGCAGUUUAUUUUGUCAUUCUCAGCUCCCUUGUCUGCAACUACAGAGUUUACACAUGUACCCAAAAUGAUGAUGUCAUAGCAGACAGCUAGUUUCAUCUUUUCUCUCAGCUAAUAAGGGACAUAGUUCAUAAGCCUCUUCCUCCUCAUCACUUCAUAACAUGACAGAUGACCUUAAACACUCUGGCACAGUGCUCUUGAGCAGCUUUACAUUUCUGCCCAAGUAGACUGUAUACACAUAUUAUUGCUCUGGUUCUGCUCUCUAGCCAAUUCUGCUCACAUGAAACCACUGACAAAAAGUAAAACAGUAUCUAUGUAGCAUUUUCUUAAUAUACAACACCUACUUCUCAGUAUAAGUAGUUAUAUUUACUGUGCCUCUAAGCUGAAUAACAAGACUGAUGGGAAAUUGUUAAUGUAACAAGAAUGGAUUUGAGGGAGUUUGUGUGCUGAACAAAGACAGCUCUUAAUGAAAAAGACAUCUUUUGAAUAUCCUUGAUGAUGUUCAGAAUUCCCUUCUUGAUGUUUCCCAAUAAUAAUGUUAGAAAGCAAGGCUAGUGUUGUUGCUGAUCCAUAAGCUAAGAUUUGCACACUUGGAGCCCAUCCUUCCAAUCUCUGCAUUGUCCACAAAGCUACCUGAGUACUUCCGUUAAAGUCAACUGGGAUGCCAGCCGGAAGAAAAUAACAUUCCACGUCUGAAGCACUUGCAGGGUUGGGCUUUUAGAUUAAUUCAAAUUUUUGUAUUAAAAGUUAUUUAAUAAUGAAAAAAUUGCAAUAAAUAUUUUUUUAAUCUGUGCAAUACAAUUAUAAGAUCCACUAGAGAUUGUAGGAAAAAAAGAUUUUACAUAACUGGAAUUGAUAAAUGAUAUUUUUUGUUACUAAUGGAACACAAAAGUGGGUGAGAGAAAUAGGCAUACUGUGAAGAUGUCAAAAAGUGCAACUUUAUACAUUUUUCUCUGCUGCUAUAGUUAUUUAGCAAUAAAUGAUGCCUAAAAUGCCAGGAAUAUUAUUUUGUGCCGUAAUAUACUAUGAAUUUUCAUUUCAAUUGUAGAACAGAGAAAAGAAAAAGCGUGAGCUUGAAGUUUAUAUUAUGUAUUGUAUAUGGUUAUUUACACUUUGACUUUGAAAGCAGAAAGUUUACACAGUUUGUGUAAAUAAAAUGCAAUAUAGAAAAGCACCGCUUCCUCAUGGCCCUGUCACAGAUGUCUGGGCUCUGGAGCUGUGAGCUCUGGGACCUACAAUCCCAGGAUGCUGUAACUUUGAACUGAAAUGCGUGCUCACCGCAGUAUUUGGGCGACUUGCUGUAGACCCUAUGCCCUCAACUGUCUCCCUCAUGCUGACAAAAUCAAACUCCUGACGUGUUGGGAGCACCACUAUGACCAAAGCAAACUGGUCUAUUAUCAGUGACCUCACAGAUCAACAGCUGGUUCAAACUGGGAUUUUUUUUUUUUUUUUUUUUUUUUUUUUUUUUUUUUUUUAAGGCUAGCAGGAAAUACUGGAGACUAGGGACUAGCUAAUUGCAAAAAAACUGUGGAAUUGGGACACGUACAGUGUCAGUAAUGCUGAUUGUCUAAUAGCCAUGACAACUUAGUUGUUUCUUGUUUUAUUUGAAAGCUAAAGAAAUACUGUAAGUAACAUUAAGAAAUUAAAUAUUUAUUGCUCUGGAGCAGGGCAGUACACUAUAGUGAAAACCCCACAAUUUUGAAAUGUGGCUAGCCAUAAAUUCUUUGCCAGUACCUAGAAUAAAGUGUCUGAAAAACAUCUUCAGUAUGUAUUCCAUGCUCAUAUGCAAUGUAAUUACUUAUAAUUGUGUUCCUAACAAACACUGGGUGAACACAGAACUGUGCUAUUAUUGUCAAUUUAAUUUAUGCAUUUAAGUAUAUUUUUUAUAUUUUUAGCUACAGUCAAA